AUGUCGCAGGUCCAGAUCCUGAGUCUCCAGAACAACCGGCUGACGGGGACGGUGCCGUCGAGCUGGCAGUUUGCGGGGCUGCAGGAACUGUACCUGCAGGACAAUGACCUGGAAGGGGGCCUGCCCUCCGCCUGGGGCUCCAAUGGUACCUUUGCCAGCCUCCAGAUCCUCAUGCUGGACGACAAUGACCUGGGAGGGUCGCUGCCCAUCAGCUGGGGCCUGGACGAGGCGCUGCCCACGCUGCGCACGCUGUACGUUGGGGAAGGAGGGGGAUUGUGCCGCGGAAGGGGGUCGCUGAGCAAUGUGGGCCUGAGCGGCACUCUGCCCUCGGAGUGGGGCACCGGCACGGGCCUGAACUCGCUGACCUCGCUGGCAGUGCAAGGCAACGCGCUGUCCGGCUUCGUGCCCUCCUCCUGGGCGCAGCUCUCGUCGCUGCAGCGCCUGGUCGUGCGCCCCGGAAAUGAGGAGCUGUGCGGCCCGCUGCCGGGCGGCUCCGCCUUCGUGGUCUGCUCCGAGGCCGGCGCCAACUGCACGCGCAGCGACUCGGCCUUCACCGGCUCCUACUGCGCGGGCCUGGAGGCCAACCCGCCGCCGCCCGCGUCCCCCGAUUCGGGGACCGGCAGCAGCUUCCCAGUGGCCGCCGUGGUGGCACCCAUCGUGGCCGUGCUGGCCCUGGGUGCCGCCGCCGCGCUGUGCCUGGUGGCGGCCGAGGCGCAGCGCAUGGACCUGGCCCUGGGCACCGGCGGGCACCCGUUCGACACGGGGGAGGGGCAGCGUGCGUACACCUCCCCCUUCCUCUCCGGCAUGCCCCCCGGGGGCAUGCAGCACAUGGUGCGCAACACGGGGAGCAGCGCCGGCAGCUUCCCCGGCGGGUCCCGGGGAGGUGCCCUGCGCACGCCGCACUCCUCGGGGUCGGAGGGCGGGCACACGCAGGGCACGCGGUCGCAGGCGCCCUCCCAGGGCACAGUGGGGGAGGGGACGCUGGCCGGGGCCAGCUUCGGCGCGGGGUCGCAGUCCAUGAGCGGCGAGGCGGUGGGCUCCCCGCUCCCCACCCUCAUGUCCACCAUGGGCAGCAAGAACCCGGACUGGCCCACCCACAUUUCCGGCUCCGAGAGCUCCAAGGCCCUGGACUCCGGCAUGCUCUUCAGCGACUGGGAGAUCUUCCCCAACGAGGUGGAGAUCGUGAAGCGGCCCGACGGCUCGCCCUGGCAGCUGGGCAGCGGCGGGUUUGGCACCGUCUACAAGGCCCUGCGCAACGGGGUGCAGCCUGUGGCGGUGAAGAUGCUCUCGGCUGUGUCCGGGGAUGUCCGUCAGGCAGCCCUGGAGGAUUUCCGCAAGGAAAUCUCCAUCCUUAAGGCUUGCCGUGACCUCAACAUCGUCCAGUUUGUGGGCGCCUCGUUAGGGCCGGACAAUACAAUGCUGGUGACAGAGUACUGCGAGGGUGGCAACCUGUGCAACAACAUUGCAGCGGGCCGCGUGACAUGGUUCCGGAGGGGUCGAAAGAUCGCCCUGGACGUUGCAAAGGCGCUUGUGUUUUUACACAGUCGGAGAAUUGUGCAUUUUGACUUGAAGUCUCCCAACAUUCUACUGGCCAGGGAUGGCACGGCAAAGAUCAGCGAUGUUGGGAUGGCCAAGAUUUUGAAUAGAGACUACAUCACUGGCGCUGUUGGUACCUUAGCCUGGGCUGCCCCCGAGAUGUUGUGGGGGGAGCGCUGCUCGGAGAAGGCUGACAUUUAUUCUUAUGGCAUUGUUCUGUGGGAGAUGUGCACUGGGGAGAAGCCUGUACGCGGCCAGCUGCGAGAUGUCGUGGUCCCGAGCGAGUGCCCCGAGAGCGUCCGCACCCUGAUCCUGGAGUGCUUGGAGACCCGACCCACGCGCCGCCCCUCCGCGCUGCAGAUCGUGGAGCGGCUGGUGGCGGGCGGCGGUGACCCACCCGAGGCGGGGACCAGCGCGCCGGGGUCUGUCGGGCCCGAGGGUCAGCUGCGGCGCGCCGCCAGCGGCGGCGACGUCGGCCCGCCGGGCGCGCCGCCGCGGCCGCCGCCGCGCGCUUGGCUCAGCCAGUCCGGAGCGCGAGACCUUCGCUCCGCGGGCGCUGCCGGCUUCAGCCGGCCGCUGGAGGGCGACGUGGGCGCCACGGGCAACUCCGUGCACAGCGUCUGA